GAGAUGAUUUGCUUUGACCGAAAGAGUGCUUGGAGCAUUCCUUUGGUGCUGUCGAAGCACAAUUUCCUGGAGGGCAUUUUCGGGGCCUUCCUGAUCAUCAUGAAUGCCACCAUGCAGGUCUUGUUCACAGUCAUCAUCAUGUCUCCAGACUUCUUGGGAGAUGGCCUUUCCGUGCAGGAUGCACGCACCUGGCGUCUCAGGUUCGCGCACGAUCUCGAUUUCGUGGGCCUGGACCAUAGGAAUUUGGCUUCGAUCGUGUGCGACGAGGACGGUGCCUUGAUUUUCUCAACAGCUCAAGUGACUCAGCUGGUGGAGAUCAACAACUACUUGGGACUUGAGAAGUUGUCCUUUCAGCUGCCCAAUUUCCAGUCUUUCGGCAUCCUUUGGAUCCUAUGGGGCCGGGCACGGGAAAUGUACAUGCCGCAUUUUGCUGAGCGCUGGGGCAUCAACAUCGGCGUUGAAAGGCUUCUAGGCUUGUCGUGGCAGCGAAUCUCGAUCAUGACAAUUGUGUGUGUGGGGCGUGCAGUGGUAGCGGGUGCCCUGCUGAUCUCAGGCACCAUCUGGCUGGGCAACACAACAUCCAUUACGGAGCUCAUGUUGAACUCGGUUGCCCUAGAGGCCGUCCUCCACAUUGACGAGUUUAUAUGUCGGGCGCUGGUGCCCACCAACAUGCAGCAGAAGAUCAAGAGGUUGCCGCCAAUGCAAGUGAGGACGAGCCGACGCUGGAAGAGUGUGGAAAAUGUUCUCCUCGCUUGUAUGCUCGCGGCUGCGCUUUUGGUGCCCUACAUGACAGUGCUUGUGCCCCUCAGAGAGGCAAUGCUCUCCGUGAAGACAGAGAUGUGUGGAGGGGACAUUGAUUUUGUCGUCACUGGGACGUCUGGCCAGAUGUACACGUCAUUGUCUGCGAGCGCAGGGGCACCACCCUCUUCAGAUGUAAGAAAUGCUGAGCUCGCAGUUAACGAAAUUCUUUCUGGCGAAGCCAAAAGGAAUGGGAUAACAAAGUAUUCAAUCUGGGAGGGAGGGUCAAUCGGAUUAUUGCUCGCUCGCAGACAGCAGCUAUACCCAGAUUCAAGAAAGAGUUCUACGUUUGCCGUGAGAAUGACCGGAACAAUAACCUCACUGCAGUUUUGCAGGGUGUGGGUAUGCGGGUUGGCAUGCCAGAAGCAAAGACCUGCGAAGAGCUGGCCUAUUUCUGCAGUGAAGAAGCCCCUGAGUGGUUGUUCACGAUGGAAGCACUUUGGCUUCGCAACACUUGCCCCAGACAUUGCGGGUGCACUCGGCCACUGUCAUCUCCACUGCUGA